AUGUGUCAGGUGCCAGGAUGUGUCAGGUGCCAGGAUGUAUCAGGAUUUGUCAGGUGCCAGGAUGUGUCAGGUGCCAGGAUGUGUCGGGUGCCAGGAUGUGUCAGGUGCCAGGAUGUGUCAGGUGCCAGGAUGUGUCGGGUGCCAGGAUGUGUCAGGUGUCAGGAUGUCAGGUGCCAGGAUGUGUCAGGUGCCAGGAUAUAUCAGGUGCCAGGAUGUGUCAGGUGCCAGGAUGUGUCAGGUGCCAGGAUGUGUCAGGUGCCAGGAUGUGUCAGGUGCCAGGAUAUAUCAGGUGCCAGGAUGAGUCAGGUGCCAGGAUGUGUCAGGUGCCAGGAUGUGUCAGGUGCCAGGAUGUGUCAGGUUCCAGGAUGUGACCGGUGCCAGGAUAUAUCAGGUGCCAGGAUGUGUCAGGUGCCAGGAUGUGUCAGGUGCCAGGAUGUGUCAGGUGCCAGGAUGUGUCAGGUGCCAGGAUGUGUCAGGUGCCAGGAUGUGUCGGGUGCCAGGAUGUGUCAGGUGCCAGGAUGUGUCAGGUGCCAGGAUGUGUCAGGUGCCAGGAUGUGUCGGGUGCCAGGAUGUGUCAGGUGCCAGGAUGUGUCAGGUGUCAGGAUGUGUCAGGUGCCAGGAUGUGUCAGGUGCCAGGAUGUGUCAGGUGCCAGGAUGUGUCAGGUGCCAGGAUGUAUCAGGAUGUGUCAGGUGCCAGGAUGUAUCAGGGUGUGUCAGGUGCCAGGAUGUGUCGGGUGCCAGGAUGUGUCAGGUGCCAGGAUGUGUCAGGAUGUGUCAGGUGCCAGGAUGUAUCAGGAUAUGUCAGGUGCCAGGAUAUAUCAGGUGCCAGGAUGUGUCAGGUGCCAGGAUGUGUCAGGUGCCAGGAUAUAUCAGGUGCCAGGAUGUGUCAGGUGCCAGGAUAUAUCAGGUGCCAGGAUAUAUCAGGUGCCAGGAUGUGUCAGGUGCCAGUAUGUGUCAGGUGCCAGGAUGUGUCAGGAUGUGUCAGGUGCCAGGAUGUGUCAGGAUGUGUCAGGUGCCAGGAUGUGUCAGGUGUCAGGAUAUAUCAGGUGCCAGGAUGUGUCAGGUGCCAGUAUGUGUCAGGUGCCAGGAUGUGUCAGGAUGUGUCAGGUGCCAGGAUGUAUCAGGAUAUGUCAGGUGCCAGGAUAUAUCAGGUGCCAGGAUGUGUCAGGUGCCAGGAUAUAUCAGGUGCCAGGAUGUGUCAGGUGCCAGGAUAUAUCAGGUGCUAGGAUGUGUCAGGAUGUGUCAGGUGCCAGGAUGUGUCAGGUGCCAGGAUGUGUCAGGUGCUAG